AUGUCUGGCUACAAGUUGUUCUUCUUUCCAGGCCGCGCUAAAGGAGAAAAAUGUCGACUUGCAUUCGCCGCUGCAAAGAUUGACUACGAGGAUAUUCGACUGCCAGUCGAAGAAUGGGAAAAAGAGAAAGCGUGUAAGUAACAUAAACGCUCACCAGACAAUUCCGUAAAGCGCACGACGGUUAAUUUUCGAUUCUUUUCAAUUCAGUAAUCUUAAAUAACUAUUUCAAAGGGAAUGCGAUCAAAGCCGGCGGCAAAUACACAUACAUUCGCUUGAUUUUCGAUCGGGUCGCGAAAUGCUGGAUGGGUAACUGAUUGAACUAAAAUUGCUUAGUCAGGCUGAAAGGUGUGCUCACUCUUUUUAAUGGUUACCGCCGACCACAAAUGGUAUCAUUGAUUUUAUUAUUAUUAUUAUUAUUAUUAUUAUUAUUAUUAUUAUUAUUAUUAUUAUUAUUAUUAUUAUUAUUAUUAUUUCAUGUACACUGAAUUGCACACGCGAAAUGCUGGAAUGGUAACUGAUAUGGUAACUCACAUAUAACUCUGUGGGACGUUAAAGAACCCACACACUAUUCGAAAAGAGUAGGGGACGUAGUUCCCGGUGUUGUGGUCUAUCUUCAUCACUUACAUCAUCACUCAUCAUGGGUUGGGAGGGUUCAGUGCGCUCAUAAAUGGACUGAUAGCGGCUGCCAUCGGCGCUCUUAGUAUGCUGAUGUCCGAGCCCACUGCAGAAAGCUAUGUAAAGAGGACAUGUAUGUUUGUCCUCUCAAUCGCGACAUUUACAUUUACAUUUACAUUGAACUAAAAUUGCUUAGUCAGGCUGAAAGGUGUGCUCACCCUUUUUAAUGGUUACCGCCGACCACAAAUGGUAUCAUUGAUUUUAUUAUUAUUAUUAUUAUUAUUAUUAUUAUUAUUAUUAUUAUUAUUAUUAUUUCAUGUACACUGAAUUAACCUUACGUUUUCUGGGUUUCGAAGACUGCGACGAAAGAGGGUUGUCUUUAAAUAAUAAGAGUUACAUUUUGAAAAUCGACGAGCUCCUGUAGUCUACAUCACUUAUAGCUUUUGUGGCGGGAAAGUUACUCGUUUUCCGGGAAUGAGCCUGGCUUUAUUUUGUAUGUAAAAUAAUUUCAACUUACAAUUCAAAUAUUCUCCUGGUUUUUAAUACUUUACCCGAUUGGUAUUGUAACUUUGGACCUUCUGAUUGUUUUCUCUUCACAUGAACUGAAGGAUCGGAUAUAACACGGAAACGCCAAUCAUGUUCUCCAGAGGCCCUCCAAGAAAUAAAACUUUCAAGUGACGGCGAUGACCCAAUGGGCGCAAAAAUAAAAACUCAAAAAUCCGUAGGGCUUUCAACAAAACCCUAAAAGCUACCUGGACCGAAAAUUAACCCCCUAAAAACCCCAUGCCGAAUUCACGAGCCUUAGAAAUUACCAGAAGGCAUUAAAUGAUACAAUACAGAAAAAUAAAAAUAUUAGAAAUUGAAUGUUUGUGUCUGUUUCGAUAACUCUUCAUAGCAACAUUCGAGACGACCAAGAACAUCUUCUGUUUUAACAAUAACACUAUACAGAAUAACAACUUUAGAUAGUUUUGAAUACCCCUAAAUAUCCAUACUUAAAUCAAGCCACCCAAAAAACUGCUUGCCAAAUUUUCCUACCCAAAAAAUCCUGGAAUCGAAAAUUUCAACCCCCCGCCCCUCCCCCCCAAAAUUCCUUCGAUCAGCCCCGUCACUUGAAAUCAGAAGUACUCCCCCAUAUGGGAUCCAUAUUAAGGUCAACUGACAGCUGUCAAAAUAGUGUAUCCGCUGACCAGUUUCAAAUGACCGUAUCGCAGGCUCAGGUGCCAACUCAUCGAAGGCACGUGAAAAAUAAAAUAAAACUUGUUCCAUGGUCCAUAACAGGUAACAAGUAGCAGAAGUAGAUCAUAUAGAUCAUGUAGAUCAUAUAACUAGAAAUUUGCUAUGUAAUUAUUAUAAACCUCUUAUUUCAGUAUUAUCUCCUCUUUUAAAUAAAUGUAACGAGUAUUGUAAUUGGUAAUGCCAUCUAUUCAUAUGAAAAUGCCAAAACUAUUGAAUUGAAUUAGUUUGUGGCGGUAAAUUGAUUCAACAUUCUGGCAACUCAGCUGAUAAAUCUAUCAUCCUGAUACAUUUUUCAGGUAGGAUAUUUAACUCGCAAUCCUUUCCUCUACAAAAAUUUCCGGCAAAAUAUUUGCUUGCACGUACAGUACAUAGUAGUACUUCCUUUGAGUGGCCUGUUGCGUGAAAUGACACGUUACAGAAUUCUAAUUUUAACAUUGACAGGUCAGGAUAUAAAAGGUCAGCAAUGAGUUAGCAGUUCAUUGAACUUCAGCGGCUGUUGUGUUGAAGUUGUGCACUCAGAGUAUAAGAUUCGACUGAAAGAUUCUGCAGAAAUGUCUGGCUACAAGUUGUUCUACUUUCAAAGCCGCGCUGGAGGAGAAAAAUGUCGACUUGCAUUCGCGGCUGCAAAGAUUGACUACGAGGACAUUCGAGUCCCAGUCGAAGAAUGGCCGAAAGAGAAAGCUUGUAAGUAA